AUGCGAGUGAGAACAGUGGUAGAGCUUGCGUGUAACAAAUUACGUUAUUUAAAUGACCCUAAAAAUAAAGAAAGAAUUCAUGCUCAAGAACGAUAUAUACUACGUAAAUCAAGUCACAAGAGAGGAGACGAGUGCUCAGGAGAAUUGAACCCAGUGGAUCUUGAAGCGGAAUUUAAAGAAGUGGUACGUGAAACUUGUAAAAAGUUCAACAAGGCAUUUUUCUGGCAGUCUCUGGCGCUGCCAAAUGUCUUUCGGCGUCCGGUAAAGAUUGUUUUUCCAGAAGUUACAGCAGAUAUCAGAGAGCUCCAGGAAUGUUUUAAGGAUGCUAUUCAUCCUCGGGAGGGUUUUCCAAUGUUGGAUCCACUGGUAAUCAUGUGGACAUCAAUUGAACCCUCAGAAGAAAUGAAUCUAGAUCAUUUUGUUCCUCUAGUUCCUGCUGGCGAGGUUCAUUCCUUAGGGAAAGGUAAGCUCUAAAUUCUUCUUACAGUGUUCACUUAAUGUCUGUUUUUUUUAUUCAAGAAAAAAGCUUUUGUUUGGCAGUGAUUUUUCAGGACAGACCAUUUUUUCCAUCAGAUUGCUUUUUGGUAACUUGGGUAAAUUUUUUUUUUUGUGACCCCACCAUCAUCCUCAUCAUUUAUUUGCCUUUUUAAGAGUACAAAAUUUUUUGUUAACAGAAUUAUAAUUUAUAGAAAGCGAGGAGGCCAACGUGGAAUAAGUGCUAGUUAGUAAAAAACUCUUGCAUUUUCAUCUCAAAGUUAAAAAGAUUUGACGAAUGAGUGAUUGAAACAGGAAGAGAGUUCCAAAUUUUAGGACGUGGGUAGAAAAUUGUAAAUUGCUUGAGAUUUAUACAACACAAAUGCGUGCAAUAAUUACCGGAUGUUCUUGUACCAUAGCAGUAAAUUUGGCUAUUUGUAACAAAAAGAUUGAGUAGCAAUGGGGGAAAUAGGUUAUUUUUAUAACAAAACAUGAAUUUGGUGAUUUCAAAUGCAUUGACAUGGAAAAUAUCUAAAAUUCCUAGUUUGGAGAAUAAAGGAGUGUAGUGGGCUCGAUAAUCUAGGUUGAUGAUAGUCUGCACAGCUUGCUUUUGCAAAAAAUAAAAUUCUAUUUAAGUUAGGUUCAGUAAUUGACAGAUGAAUCAGGAUGUUAAGUGGUUUUUCCAAAAUCCAAAAUGACAGUGGUAACAUUUUAUUGUGUGUUUUGGCAAAUUCUACCAAGUGAUUGUAUAUUACUUUUUCAAAAAAAUUGGAAUAAUUAGACAGCAAGGAAAUAGGCCCGUAUUUUACAAAAAAGCAAGGGUCCUCUGCUUUGUAGAUGAGAAUAAUUUUAGCGAUUUUAAGUUUGUGCGGGAAAAUGGCUUUUAGCAAGGAGAUAUUGAUAAUAUCUGCCAAAGGAGUAGAAAUAAGGUGAAGUGAAUGAUUAAUUACAUGCAUUGGGAUACUGUCAUAGCCAGGAGCAUGGGCAAGCCAGUGGUAAAACUGGAGUCGGGAUUCAGAUGACUAGAAAGCGGUCGGAAUAAUUUGGGCCGUUCAACAGGAUUAAAUAAUAAUGUUUCAAGACAGUCGGCAUCUUAACUCAAAGGACCAUGAGUAAAUUCAUGAACUGCUAACUAAAAGAACUCUUAUCCAAGUGAUUAAAAGGGAGAAGAGAUUGAAAAAGUGUCUUGUCAGGCAUUGUUGAAACAACAAAUUAAAUUACAGAUUGAGUUAGAAACUUCAGAGUACUUAGUAGGCAUCAAGCUAAACCAUGGUCAUCUCCAGUGGGCUAAGAGACUGAAAAGAUCAGUAUAUUCCUGUGACUGUGGGGAAAUAUUUUUUUGCUCAUUCGACAGAUAAAAUAAAAACGAAGUGAAAGAAAGAAGAAAACGAAAAACAGGCUGGAGCUCAACAGGCUAGAGCUUAACAGUCCAUCUCAUUUGCUUCAACUUCAGGCCUACCAUAAUGUAUCAGUCCAUUACAAUUUGAAAUAUGUUUUGUAUGCUCAUUCAAACGCUCGCAAAAUCAUCAAUGUUUUGAGCUCCAUUGAGACACACUUUUUCAGAAAUGUCUCUGAAGACCUUCAAUAAAAUUGCAGUCAGGAAAUCACUCACCUUUGGCUUGUGAUUUUAUACCUGAUAAAACACUGUUGCUCGUUUAUGAAACAUUACACGACUAGUAUUUGGAAAAACCAUGAGUUUGUUGAUGGAACAUCCAACUUUUCAGAUUUUGACAUUAAAACACAUAUUUUCUAGAAAAUUGGACAAAACUGAUCUUCAAUUGAUAAAAGUAACUCUGACAACAACAACAACAACAACUUUAUUUUUUCACCCCAAAAUAUACAAGAAAGAAAAAUUUAUAAUAAUAGUACAGACAAUGAUAGGGGCGCUGGCUGCCCGAAAUAACCUAAGAGUUAAAAAUGCCAGUGAGCCAGUUGAAAGAAAAGAUGUUUAAAUGUUUAGGUCAGGGACACAAAAACAAAGAGAUACAGAAAUGCACACAAAGGUAAACUACCAGUAUAUUAAAGAGACUAAAAUUCAUACAUUGCAAAACAGAAUUAUUUCCAUUUUAAAGUUACACAGACAAUACAGAUGUCUAGUAAUCUUUGAUAAAUAGCUGCUUUACUUUCUUUUUAUUAUAAACAAAGACAAUGAAUUCCAUACUGAUGGACCUUGAAAUCUGAUAUUGAAUAUACCAUAAUUUGUUCUUGCUUUUGGAAGAAAAUAAGACUGUUUUGCACCAAGCCUUGUAUUAUAGGUAUGGAUUUGCAAAAUUUUACUAAAAAAAGAACUAAAGACUGAUGGCAAUAAUUGAUUAUGAUAUUUAUACAUAAAGAUUGUUAAAUGAAAACUUACUAGGUCUAGGAAUUUUAUAAUUUCAAGAGAUUUAAAUAAAGGACUAGAGUGCUCAUCAAAUCUAGAAAAGGUAAUUAAUCGCAUAGCUCUUUUUUGUAAAAUGAAAAUUGGUUGAAGAGUGGUCUUAUAGGUAUUUCCCCAGAUAAUUAUUCCAUAGGUCAAAAAAGGAUAUAUAAGUGCAUAAUAUAAGCUUAUUAAAAUAUCUAGGCCAACAUAAUAACGAAGUUUAGAGAGGAUACCUGUGCUUCUUCUAAUUUUCUUAACAAUGCAAUCAACAUGGUUUUUCCAAUUCAAGUGUGAAUCAAUUAGUAUGCCCAGAUACCUUAUACAGAACUCUCGCUUAAGUUCCUUAUUAUCUUUAGCCAGCAUGAAAUUUUGACAUUCAAGUUUCUUUUGAGGUGCAUGGAAAAUUACAAAAUUUGACUUUUCCACGUUGAGUGAGAGCUUAUUAGCACAGAGCCAUAUGUGAAUAUUAUUUAAUUCAACAUUUAUGUUUGAUUCUAACAUAGAGAAAGUUUUACUUUUAUAAAACAAAUUUGCAUCAUCUGCAAAGAGAUGAAAUUCAAAGAUAUCUGAGUAGCAAUGAAAAUCAUUUACAUAUAAUAAAAACAACAGAGGGCCAAGUACUGAUCCCUGUGGUACUCCACAACUUACAUUACAUUUUGUGGAUGUUGCAUUAUUGACAAUAACAAGUUGUUGUCGGCCACUGAGGUAGGAAAUAAACAAAUCCUUGGCAAGACCUCGAACACCGUAGUACUCUAGUUUGUGAAUCAUAAUUUGAUGAUUGACGGUGUCAAAUGCUUUGGUAAAAUCAAGGAAUAUACCACAGGAAUAGCUUCGAUCAUCAAUUGCUUUCUGAAUUUUGUCAAUUAUGCAAAGAAUUGCAUGGUUAGUACUGUGCUUAGUUCUGAAACCAUAUUGGUUUUCAAAUAAAACUUUGUUUUUUUCUAAGAAUUUGAUUAGUCUAUUAUAUACAAGUUUUUCUAGGAGCUUACUAAAGACAGAGAUAAGGGAGAUGAGACGGUAAUUGCACAAGGAUGACUGUGAUUCUUUUUUGAACACGGGUACAACAUUUGCUAUUUUAAAAUCACUGGGAACAACUCCAGUUGAAAUAGAAGCAUUAAAAACUAUCUCCAAAGGUUUUGAUAUAUAGGCUUUUAGCAUUUUUAGUAUAUCAAUUGGAAUGCUGAAUGGUCCUACAGACUUGCCAGUUUUUAACUUAGAUAUUUCAGUUUCAAUUUCACUACAAGUUACAGGAAAAAAUAAAAACUAUUACAUACAGGAUUAUUCAGAUAUACCAUUGGGCUAUUGGAUACACUUGGUAUUUGACUUUCUAGGUUUUUACCAAUAUUGGCAAAAUAAUCAUUAAAUGCAUUGGCAACAAGUUUAGGUUCAGUUAUUUCUAAGUUGUUUUCUACAAUCUUAAUGAGCCUUUGGCUAGUUUGCGGCUUAAAUUUUACUAUUUGUUUAAUCCCUUUCCAGAUCCUUUUAUCAUCCUUAAUAUUUUGAAAAAAAUAUUCAUUAUAAUAUUGUUUUUUGCUUAUUUUUAGAAGAUGGUUUAAUUUGUUCCUGUAAAGCUUAAAUUUUGUAUGGUAAUAGGUAGAUUUUGUCUUGAGGUAUUUUGUAUAAUAAUUAUUUUUAAUUUGAAUAGACUUUCGUAGAGCUUUAGAUAUCCAUGAUUUUCAUUUAAGCUUUACUUCCCUCCUAGAUAGUUGUUUGACUGGUGUAUGUUUGUUGAUUAUGCUAGAUAUUUUAAAGUAAAAAGAUUUAAACAUAUUGCAUGCACUAUCAUUGGAUGCAAAAGCCUGCUGAUCAAAUUUAGAGUAAUCUCUUUUGAAUAUUUUAACAUCGCUAGGAAGUGAUGAAAAUUUAUUAAAAAUUAGGAAAUUGGGAAGGUGAUCAGAGAGAUCAUACACUAUAUUACCACUGAUUGUAAAAUGCUCAACUGAAUUGAAAAAAAUAUUACCAAUUAAAGUUGUUGAAUGAUUUGUGAUUCUUGUUGGUUGCAUUAUAUAGGGCUGAAAAAAAUUAGAACCCAGAGUGUUAAGGAAACCAUCAGUUGCUGAGUGUGAUUCAAAUUUCAAAAGAUCUAUGUUAAAGUCUCCCAUGAUUAUACAAGUUUUGUUUUCUUGAUUAAUUCUAUCAGCUGUGGAGCUCACAUAUUCAAUAAAUCUUUCUAAGUCACCAUUUGGAUGCCUAUAAAUUAUUCCACAGAGUAAGUUUGAAUGACAAUUAUUAUGUACCUCAAUCCAUAAGGCUUCAAAAUCAUCAGCAGUUAUUGUAAAUUCAGGUCUUAUGUUAAAAUUUAAAUUGUUUUUUAUGUAGAAAGCAACUCCCCCAGCAUUGGAAAGGCUUGGCUGAGAUACUGAGAGAUACUGAUAUCCACAUAAAUCAGUGUUAGAUAUAGGAGUCUGAUCAAUUCUCUGUUUGAUUUCAGUAAGACCAAUUAAUGAGAAAGGAAAAUAUAGCUCUGAUAACAUGUUUGACAAUUUAUCAUAAUUAGCUGAUAGGCUCCUAAUAUUACAAUUAAUCAAAGAAAAAGAUUGACCACUCAAUAGACACUCGUUGAUGUCAUAAUUACUAUUUAGAUCAUGAGUGCUAUAGGAACGAAAAUUGUUUUCCAAAGGCAUGUUUAGGUCAGCAUCUAAAUCAGUGAGGUGCGGAAUGUUACUAGGAGAAUUGAUACUGUUAGAUCCAAGUGUAACAUUUUUUUUGAUUAUUCGUUCUUGCCUAAUUUGUUUUUCCUUUGCGUACGCAAAUUAGUUUAUACUUCCUUUCGUUCAUUUGUUUAGUCUUCUUUUUUGGCGUUAAUUUAGGUGUUUAUCUCUUUCUGUUAGUUUUCGUGCCCUCGUUAGCGUUUCCGUGCUGUUUCAUCUUCAUUAGCGCCUUUCUAUAGUUUUAUUUUCCGCAUUUUCUAGCGUAUUUGAAUAUCGUAGUUUGUCAGUACAGUUUGUGAGUUCAGUUUGGUCCGCGCUUAGCGCAGUUCUGUUUAGUUUGUUUCUAGCCUCUUCGCGUUAUUCGCAGUCCUCUUUACAGAAGUUUUCUCUGGCCAAAACAAUGUAAGUGUAUUUCGCAGUCCUCGUUUUGCAGUUUUUGUAACUUGUAACGUGUUUUGCAACUUGUAACCUUUUUGCUUUUUUUUUUCGUUUUAGUUUCAACCCACACUCUUAGUAUCAAGCACGUUCGGCUCCAAUAAAUCUUUUUCUUUUUAUUUGGUGUGUGGUGUUAUUAUUCAAGGCCAGGAGUCUUGCAGGUUUAUGGCAGUUUCAGAUACUUAAAGAUGGAAGUGAAUUGGCCAAGUCACAGGCCAUAUCACUAGUGUCAGUUACACAUUUUAAACAAUUCAUCAAAUCUUAAAAGAUCAGAAAAUAAAUACUUAUCUAGUUUGUAUCUUCUGAAGAUCCUCUUUGUUAUUAAUAUGGUGAACAGCAGAGUCUUUGUCUUUUCUCAUGAAGAUUUUUCGAUUUUAAGUCCAAAUGAACUUGAACUCCAUAUCCUUCUUUACCUUCAAACAAUCUUUGAAUAAUAAAAUUAAAAUAUUAAUUAAAUAUUCAGUUUCAUUGGCAAGAGAAGUCUUUUUCUGCCCCUUCCCCUUUCUGUCUGGCGAUGGGAUGUCACAUUUUCUCUUUCCUGGUUAAUUCACCACUUUUUUUUUGGCCAGGCCCAGUGUUGUCACCAUAAACAUAAACUUUGGACUGAUUAACCCAGCAGCCAGAAAAAAUCUUUAACUUCCUCACUGAUGAUGUCGUGAUGCUUUUUUUUUGUUGUUUUCAUUAUUGCAUGAAACAAUUUCUUGCUUACUUUUUCAACUCCCACAAAUAGAAAAGCAGCCUGAGAGGUUCAAGACUGAGUGAGUUUUAAAGCAAAUCUAAAAGAUAUAGAGAAGUUUCUAGAUGUAGAGAAAAAAUAUUUUUACAUGAUUGUUUUGACAGAUUUUCCUCCAACUCACAAUACUGGGAGACCUGUCCAAGAUAGUCUCCUCAACACAAGUAGAAGCGAGACAGGAUCAGCAGAAGAUGAUAUGACUCCAAAUGGCACCAAUUCUUCAUUUAGUCAAAGCAAACUAGGUAAGAAUGUUUAAAAAAUACACACUACUAAUGAUGUACUAUCUCAAGGUUCUCAACCAGUGAAUUAUGGUCCAACAAAAUCUGCCCCUUAGGUGACUUUAUAUCAUGAAACUACAUCUUGUAUUAUGGAUACUUCUCUACUGAAAGUGUGACACAUCUUGUCAACUUUGGAUAAAGGAAAGAACGAUGCAUUAUCAUGUCGAGGUCAAAGUCUGUCUGGUUUCCAAGCCCCUCUUCCAUGAAGUUUUCUCAAACUUUUGCAAACUCAGAGAGGAGUCUUCUUUUGCAGAUUGUUUCAAAAAUGUAUAAUAGAACAAUUCUUGAAUUUGAGUUCGCACGAUAUCAUGAAUUAGAGAACUUUGUAUUGUCUGUGGAAGCAACUCAGACCAUGCACAGUUUUGAUAAUUUAUGAUAUCAUGCUCAACCUCAUCCAACAAUUGCUUGUUUUCACAGUUAGCUUGCUGGGGCUUUUGAAAAAAUAAUCUGUCAGUCUGAGAGAGUGGCUAAUAAAGGUUAUUUAGUUAAUUAUGUUAUAGCCAUGCACAGUUUGGCCUGACAAAAACUGAUGGCAGUGUUCAUCUGUGCAUCGGAUAUUAAUUUUUUUGUGGAUGGAUUUUGCGGUUCUUGUUUUUUCUUUUUUUCCAAUAACUUUUAUAUAUAUUUUAUCGUGGUCUCAUUUAAAAUAAUAUUUGUUUUUUUAAAGUUAAGUAAAUUUCUGUUCAAUUUUCUCAUGUGGUUUCCAUCGUGACUUCGAUUCCUUAACCCUUUGCACCCUAGUAUCAGUGUUUAUUUUACGGCUGGCACGCCUGUGGGAAAUAUGAGGUGAACCCUGUGUUCUGACUACCCAAGCAGGGAAAAGAGGCCUAUCUCGCCUGCUUGAAAUUGCCAGCUUUGAUCCCGUAUAAGUAAAAAGCAUUGUGCAGAGCGGUCUUUCGAACUUUGUAAUUUUUGGAAAAUGUAACCAAUUGAGUAGCACAAAGCAACAGAAGCCAGUCAAAACAAAGAAAACAUGAACAACUAUCUCGGGUUUAUUGUGCUAAAACAAUUAGCUUUCUUUCGCGACUCUCAACAAAAAACAAGUUUUGAUUCUUACCGAAGCAGACUCUUUUUGCUAUAAUAUUAUAUUAACAAAUCAUUUAUUGGCCUUUAUUGACAAAGCUUGUUUUGUCAAAAUGACUGGAUUUUAGCCUUGUUCUGUUUUUUUUUUUUAUGGACUCGGACGUUGUCUUGGUAAAUAAAACAAAAAAAAUUGGCCAAUAAAGGUCAACAAACGAUUUGUUAUGUGGCAAAUAGAUUUUGCUUUAAUUAUAUCAAGAAUUUAUUUAGUCAGAGAGUUAUGUUAAUUUUGUCUUACAAAUCAACUGUUGCAAUCAUAACUAUGUGAAUUAUUCAGAAGGAGUCUCAUGAGUUUAAAAUUCCAAAAUUCAGACAACAAAGUGGCUGGCGACAAAUAAAAAAUUUUCUUUUUUGAAGUGGAUUUCAAACUUGAGAAUUAUUUGUUCAGGAUUGAAGCUUGUAGAAAAACAUGAAAAUCGUGCCAAAAUCGUAUUAUUUUUGACCUUUUGAGGAUGUUGACAUAAGACAGAAGUGAAAUAAGACGUCGCGCUGGGAGAGGGGCUGGUUGGAAAAGUAAGGCUCUUAUUUUUCCAACCGACCCUCAAAGCUCAACGAUAUGUGGCCUUUAGCAGUAAAAGUGACUUGCGUCUUUUUGGCCAUGGUGUUGAAAUACAGAUUCUAACUAGCCUCGAUAAAAUGAUUUAUUGGUAGGAGGCUUUUAGUUCAGUUUUGUUAAGUCUGGUUUGCUUCGGGAUUUCUUCCUGAAUGCAAGGGUACGCGUCUCGUUUCUUUCUACAAAGACCCUGAGUUUUAAUAUGACAGCGAUCAACGAGGGGUUUGCUGUAGCCAAACUGGCAAAGCGGUUGUCGUGAACUUAAACAUAAUAAGGUUUCAGGGUAAAAUUGUUAACAGCCAAAUUUAAUGAAACUCAACACCAAGAAACACUCAUUCUUGGUAUCAGUGAAAGUUACUUGGAAUCUCUUGAAACGUACUAGUUUUUUCUAUACAUUUCACGUUUUCACUCGAGGAUUCAAAAAAUGUCAGCGAUAUAUUUAUUUAUCAUUUAUUUAUUAAAUUUUUUUAUUAUUACUUAUUUUUCCUUAAGCAGCGAGGUUUAUUAAUUUGUCGAUAUUCACGCCUGGAUCGCACAAAACAAAACUUGGUUUCUUUCUGGUGGCUGUUUCAGCGGUCAUGAAUUAUCAAACCUUGUGCCUGUAUUAUCUGUGGUGCAACUCAGACCAUGGUUUUAAGAGUGUGUCCACGAGAGCACCGGGCAGUCCUGCUACAUGCUAUCUCACUGAUUUCAAUGAAACUUUGCCAGCUUAAAGGGUUUACCCAAAAACUCAAAAAUACAAAGUGGUUUCUGUUUUGGUUUUUUUCGGGGGGAGAUAGACCACCCCCCUUGUUUUUCUUGGUUUUCACCAAGGAAAUCGUCUCAUAAUAGGUAAUAUGUAUAAAGCUCUCACCGCGAUGGUAUUUAACUGAUUACUCUGAGGAUUUGCACACAUUAUUACAUCCUUAGUUAAUGUUUGACGCAAGUAUCAGUCAAUUUGAUUGACGGCUUGUCAAUCAACAGAGGCAUAUAAACGACUGUGUUUUAGACGUUUUGAUUCAUUCAAAUAUUUGACAACUUUGAGGUCAUAUAUCUCCCCUUGCCAGAGAGCUACAACGCUAAUCUUAAUUACCCUUUAUAAUCCAUCGUUUCAUCUCUGAAACCAUCAAAAACAUCUUUGGGCACGACCGAAUUUUUGUCUCGGAUGCCUUUUAAAAUCUGCGACUGUGACAAGUUUCCCUCAACUACACCUGUCACGCAAUUCUGGCUCUAGUCUGUCACUUGACCAAAUAAACCUACAUUUUUUGCUCUUCAUACUAGAUGAUUGAUCAAGAAAGCUAACAAAUGUGAAAAACUUUCGAGAUUUUUCGUAGGAAUAGAAAAAUCGAUGGGAAAAUCAUAGCGUUUCUUUCUUAUGUCGUUUAUUACUUUGGAGAUUUGCUAAAAUGAGCAAAUAUGGCCUUUGUACGGCACAAAACAUUCAUUAGUCUAUAAUUUGAUUGUUUAUUAUCAUUAUCGCACAGUUCACAAUAAGGAAACUGCAACAGGAGAAGAGAUUUGAAGUCACAUGUCGCGUGCUUGUUGACGUUUAAGUUCUCAUGUGUAACAACUUCGGCUUUUCCAGACUGCGGAUGACGGGAAACUCUGCCCCCUCAUUUGAAAGGAAAUAUCAAUAGCCCCAUAAAAUUCAUUAACUGCGGCAUGUUUCCAGAAAAUAAGACUGGAAAAUGUUUUUUCCACUUUCCACCAUCAAAAAAAUUCCACGCAGAAAUAGUAUUUGUAGCGUGACUGUGUGACCUUUCAUGAGAAGUAAAAAUUGUUUAUCUUUUUUUACAAGAAAAAGCUUCUAGAAAGUUCUUAAUCCUUCUGUUAUUUUAUUUGCCUGUUUUUUGACUACAAAUAUCGUCUGCAUUUGCUAUUAUUUUCGUUGAUUGUCAUGACCUUUCCUGCGUGCACGUGCGAGCCAGUUGGUAAACAGCACCCUUUCGAGUUUCUUUGCGUGGUGUCGGGCCUAGGUGUGUAGGUCUGGCUCGAAAGAUAUCUGCACGCUACAAGACGGGUUUCCAUGUUUUUUCCUUUUUAUUUAUUUGUAUUUUUAUUCUCUUUCUUGCAUUAUCACGCAUGUAUGUUAUUUUAAUUCCCUCAUCGCGUUCCCUCAGAUUUGGAAGUAGGCUAUGAAAAGUCAAUAUUGAUCAGAACUGAAACCUUUUUUAUCACUAUUUGUUUCAAAGAACCCCUGUUAUUUUUAACUUUAUUUCUCAAGAGAAUGUGUUUUUAUUUGCUAUUUAUUCCCAUUAGAACAUGAAACUAGCUCCCGAUAAGUUUUUUUGUUUUGUGACUCCCAAAAAUUGUGUUUGUGACAACAUCAAUUGAGAAAUCAAAAGCAAUUACGUCCGAGAAAUUCGCUUUUAGCCUUCUAGCUGUAGAAGGCAAAUCCAUGCAAUGAAGCGCUCUAAGACCUCUGUAAACUAGAGACAACUUGGACAAGAAUGCAAUUUGUUGAGGGUCAAAUAUUUACACUAAAUCUGUAACCCUCAAACAGAUCACACACUUGUACAUGUAACGUCCGAAAAAUGUCACGCAUGUACAACACCGUAGGCGCACCUGGCGAAUUCUUUCCACUGACUUCAAUAGUAAAGAGACAACUUAUUUGCUAUUUGUAUAUAAGCAAUCUUGUUUACCCUACUUGUAAAACUCCUUGAUGAAGUCUACUAUUGUCAGACUAAACGCGCAGGAGAUAAAUACAAGGUUUUACUUUCUCAGUUCGUGCAGUGAUGCUCACUGGCUUGUUCCGUCAAAAACGCUUUUAAUGUGAAGUCAUUUUGACCUCGACAGAAAAAUUAAGCUCACCCUUUCAUAAUCAAUAGUUUGAUACCGUAACUAACGGUAGAACCAAAUGUUGCUUUUCUCGCGCUGGCCAGGGACGGCAACAGCUCAUACCCAUACAUUCGUGGGUGUACAACACAAAAAACAUUUGAGAGACGUCAAUGUAUCCCAAACAUGCGUUUCGUCCGAGAAGAAGCUUAUUCUAACUCGUAUUGGCUUAUUUGGAGAUUACGAAGGCCGCGAUUUCAUUAUAUACCUCAAAUAUCGUGCACAACUUGGUGUCAGAUUCAGACCUUCGGGUUUGUAAAUGCUAGUAUCCUCCACAUAAACAUCGGAGACGUAAAGUUGAAAGAGAGGUAAAUAUGAAGAUGUCAGAAGAAAUCAAAGCUGGUGGCGAGUCUUCCUGGUGGCAAGAUGACUGUAAACCUAAUAGAACGCGUACUGUAACUGCUAUCUUAGAGUCGACAAUGAAUAAGUAGGAAGGGCAAGAAGAGCGCUUAUCUGAACAUCAGUUUUCCUAAGUGGUGAUUUGUGACGGAGAUGAACUUUAUAUCUUAUGAUUGCUAGGGAUACGCAGAUACUGUUGAGGCGCUCACAUAAGUUAAGGCGGGCGACCCUUCCUCUAACUUUGGAACUGCGACAAGUUUAUAGCGCAGACCAACUGGCACAGUUUGGAGCACUUCAGAGACUCACUAGGCUCAUCACAUUAGAAACCUUCCGCAAACUAAUCGUAGAAGCGGGUGGUUAUAAGCAACGUGCACAGAUCUCUGAACGCGGGUCAUCGCGAGAACUAUUCCCAAUCCGUCACAAACAGAACAAGAAAGCGAGAUAUUCUUGCUAAGAGGAAGGAUGUAUUAAGACGUUUCAGUCAGUCACUGCCAUCCAAAAGCACCUUAACAAAGGCAAGCACAAAGUGAAGCUGACAAAAAAAAUCCGCCUAUAAUAACAUCAAGAGGAAAUGGACGAAGACUUACCAUUCUGUAGGGGGUGGCUACGUUCAAGGUCGGACCUCAGGUAAAAUUUUGACGAGCAAUCCCUAACUAGCCAGGUGUACUUUGGAUGGGCUCUUUGGAAAACACAAAAAGCAGCCGCCUUUUCUCAGAAAGCAAAGAAUUAUCUCCUAGACGUGUAGGGGAGGAAACUAAUGAGGCAAACGCCUCUUAUGUGGCUUCCCAAAUAUCGAGUUUAAGAGACGACACCAGCCAGAAAUGUAUGAAUAAGGACGAAGAGGCCGAUGCCGAUGCCGAUGAUCUAGCUUCAGAAGUCGAUCGAACAAGGCAGAAGAUAAGGAGGAACCUUGCAAAGUUUAGACGAAGACUGCAGGAGAGGGUACAGCUGCUAUUAAGCCAAAAAAAUUGAGGACCUUUGCAUCUCACUUUUCUUUUAUAUUUAUUGUCUUUGCUCACGAAAACAACUGACUAUGUCCUGGGAUUUUUUUAUCAAGGGAAAUUUGCAGGAAGCGUAUUGGUCAAAAUACUACUGGCUCACGUGGCUUUUACAAGUCACGCAAUUAAACGCCGGCAACACUCGAUCGAGAUAGAUGUAGAUUUACAUGUAGUAAUAGAAUGCUUGGAAAAAAAAUGCAGAUACUUUACGAUCGAAGCAAGCAAAUAAUCGUAGAGAUCUGCAGAUUAUUCUGAAAUUGCUAUCUAACAGGCAGCAUGAACAACGCGCUUGAAUAAUUGCUGCGGAAAGCCUUCUGAUCACGCAACAGAUGUCAGUUUUGCGGAAUUGUGCAUGGAAAUGUUCGAUGGCGGGAAGUGACAACGACUUUGUAAUUUUUGGAAAAUGACGACAAUUGAGUUGAAAAUUAAGCAGCUAAUGCACCAAUUUCAUUUGAGCAAAUUGUAAUGGUUAUGAUUUAGACAGUAACUGUAACCAUUGGUCGAUGAUACUUGUAGAUGAUUGUACAAUUUUAGUUGUAAAGGGAAAUUAUAUAUUGAUUAAUCCCGACAUCAUAAGGUUUUAAGUGUUCCCAAACUGCUGACUCUACCCAAUGAAAAUUUAUUCAUUCAGAGAAUUAUGGUGAUUUGUUGUACAAAUCAAAUGUUGAAAUAUUAUAACUAUGAGUUAUUCAAGAGGAAUCUCACGAUAAUUCAAAAAUUCGGACAACAAAGUGGCUGUCAACAAAUGGAAACUUUUCUUUUUUGUCGUGAAGUUCAAACUUGAGAAACAUUUAUUCAGGAUAGUUAGCAAGGAUACUCAGAGUCCAGAUUCUAUCUUUAAUAUCUUGAUUGGUAAUCAAUUUUGGUUUCAGCACCUCUACCACCUCAAAAUAUUGGAGAGAAAGAGGAAAGAGAUAAAAAGCUUGUACAGUGUUUCAGCAGUGAUUCUCACCUGAGCCAAAUGGAUUCGAAGGACAAAUACCUCAAGUUAGGUAAAAACACGAACUGGAGUUGAGAUAUACUUUACAGGUGGCUUUUCAUGUUGGCUUAAAUUGGAUAACCUUAUCUCAACGGUUUUUUUUGUAUUUAAGAAUCUUUAAAAGGCUUUGAAAAUUCACUCAAAUGAUAAUAGCACGAGCUGCUUGAGUAAAAUGUACAAGCAUAAAGACGCCUUUUGCAUCACGAAGCUUGUAGAAAAACAUUGCUAAAAUCAUAUUAUUUUCAUCCUUUCGAAGAUGUUGACUUAAGAGAGAAGGAACCCCCCUCCCUUUAACAGUGGCUGUCUGUAUAGGGUUCCAAGCUGUUGACCUGAGUCAACGUCGUACUAGGAGAGGUGCUGGUUGGCAAAAUAGGGAAUCAAAGUAUAUCAUUUAAGACACAAAGUUGGUAGAGAUAUGUGGCCUUAACCAAUUAAUUUAAUUGCGUCUAUUUGGCCAUGGUAAUGAAAUACAGAUUCUAACUUGCCUUUAAAACGAUUUACUGUAGAAGGCUUCUAGUUUAGUAUUGUUAAGUCUGGUUUGCUUCGGAAUUUCUUCGGUAGAGCAAGGGCACUGAGUUCUGAUUUGAUCGCGAUCAAAGAAGAGUUUGUUGCCAAACCUGUACAACUGCCAAACAGGUAAAGCAGUUGUCACGAACUACCUGAAAAAGCCUUAAUAGAUGAUGAAGUUUUUUAAGGCUAGACAAAAACUAGACCAAAAAAUGAAUUAUGGAACAGUAAAAAGAGGAAAUGAUUAUUGUGGGUUAUGCUUUUCUUCACUGCUUCCAUGAUCUUGCAAGAAAACAUUCUCAAAAAUUAAGUGCAAAUUAUGACUGAUUUCUGGAUUUGUUCUCAGAGAGACACGUUUCACUUGGGUUUGUUUCCUCUGCCUACCACGCUGGAACCAUCUCGAAAUAAAACGAUGAAUAUAAGUUUUUGAACUCGAGAUUCAGUAUAUUUGAUAUUUUCGAUGACGUCCAUUUCUUCAUUGAUAGGUGACCCCAUUGGUGAAUCUUUGCUGAACAAUCUGGAACUUUUGGAAGGUCUAGCAAGUUAUCUGGACGGUGAAGAUCCAUAUGGUAAUCCCAAAUGUUGGAAGCACCUUGCACAACAUUUUGGGGUGGAAGCCAGCCGUUACGAAACUUUCACUUGUAGCCCAAGAAGUCCAACGGAAAAACUGUUCGCCUUUGUAAUAUCUCGAGAUGCUGAUACUUUUACCAUUGAUAUGUUGAAGUCUGGGUUAGGUGAUAUUGACAGAGGAGACAUCAUUACAGACAUUCUCGUUGAACAUCAAGUCCUAGGUAAGCGCA